GAUGAUAGUUCGUGAUGUUCUUUCAGAGAGCAAUUAUAAAGAGUGGAGCAAUUGCAUGAAAAACUAUUUAUUGGCUCAAAAUCUUUGGAAUGUUGUUGAAUCGAGCAAUGUACCAUCUUCUACUGAUGAAGAGGUUACCGCUAAUUGGAAGAGAAAGAAUGCUACGGUUCUACACGCUCUUCAAAUCUCAUGUGCACCGGAGAUUUUUGCUCGGAUAAUGGAAAAAACUUCAGCGAAAGACGCUUGGGAAGAAUUGGCUAAAAUACAUGAAAUGAAGAAUAAAUGGCACUUGGAUGGACCUCAAUCAUCAAGGCAAUGUUCAGAGCUCCGCAGAUUCUUUGAGGGAACCAUUAGAGGUUGUUGAAUUCCUUUUCUUUAGCUCCAAAAAUACAUAUGAUCAAUAUAU